AUGGCUCACAACAAUCUCGAGGCGUCCAAUACGCCCAUCGUCGCCGAAAAGGACGACAUCGCCGCGGCCAAGGGCGAGCAUGUUGAGGAAAUCGGACACGCCGCCAUCGCUGAAGACGCCGAAGAAACCCCCCUCCAGGCCAUCAAGAACCAGCCAUGGGCGUUCGCUUGGUGCCUGUACGCCAUCUACGUCCUCGUCCUGACCAGUUUCGACAACCAGGCCGGUGGUAGCAUUCUGGGCAUCAGGGAGUUCCGCAAGGAUUUUGGUUCGCCAUACAACGGCGACUAUGUCCUCCCCGCUAAGUGGCAGUCUGCCUACAGCGGAGCACCAGUGGCAUCUGCUGUUGUCGGAUCUAUCGGUGCCGGCUACAUAGCCGAUCUUAUCGGACGCAAGUGGACUUACUUCAUCAGCUACAUCUUCAUCUUUGUCGGCAUCACUCUCGAAGUCAUCAGCACAACGAACGAAAUCUUCUUCGCUGGCAAGUUCAUCGCCGGAUUCCCCAUCGGUGCUUUUAUCACUGUUAGCAUGACAUACAUCGGCGAGGUCGCACCCCUGGCACUUCGAGGCAUCAUGACCGCCGCCGCCGCCAUUGCCUUUACCAUCGGCCCCUUCAUCGUGUCACUCGUCGUCAACUCGACGGGAACCAGAGAAGAUCGCUGGGCAUACCGCGCUGUUUUCGUUUCACAGUACGGAAUCAGCGGAUUGGGUGCCAUCAUGUUAUUCUUCAUGCCGGAGUCUCCUUGGUGGCUCGUCAACAAGGACCAGAUGCAAAAGGCCGCGAGGUCCCUCGGUCGUCUUGGAUAUGAUGCCAUCCAGGUCGAGAAGAGGCUCUCCGUCAUCACCAACACACUUGCCGAAGUGCGCAAGGAGACCGAUGGCGUGACGUUUGCCGAGUGCUUCCGCAAGUCCAACCUACGUCGUACCAUCAUCUCCGUCGCUCCUCUGAGCAUUCAAGCCCUAUGCGGAGUCUUCUUCGUCUCAUCAUACAGCACCUACUACCAACAAAUUGCUGGUUAUUCCGUUAAGGAGAGUUUCAUCUUGGCUAUUGUUCAGCAAGUCAUGUCCAUGAUUGGCAACAUAGUUUCUUGGUUCCUCAUCGACAGAGUCGGUCGUCGUGGUCUGACACUCUACGGCAUGUGCAUCCUGACGACUCUUCUGAUGGUUACCGGUGGUCUUGCAGUUGCGGGCACUCCCGGGGCUGUCAAGGGAACAGUUGCCCUGCUCCUGAUCUACUGCUUCUUCUACAACGUCACCAUCGGUGCCACUGCCUAUUCUCUCUUGACCGAGAUUGCGACUUCUCGUCUCCGUGCCAAGACUGCCUCGAUGGCUCUGGCUCUUCAGAACGCCCUCUUCACUAUGUGGGCUUUUGUCAUUCCGUUCCUGUUUAACCCCGAUCAAGCGAACCUUGGAGCCAAAGUCGCGUUCAUCUUCGGCGCCAUGUCAAUCUUGUCUACGGUAUAUCUCUGGUUCUUCCAACCGGAAGUGGCUGGCCGAUCGUACGAGGAGCUUGACGAACUGUUCAUCAAGAAGGUGCCAGCCCGGCAGUUCAAGGGUUACAAGACGGAAGUACAAGAGAAGGCCGAGAGAGCGGUCGCAGAGGGUAUUUAA